AACGCCGGAGCCUCCCGGAAGCGGCCGAUGUCCCCGGCCGGGCACCGGGACCCCGCAGGUCUCCGCGUCCUUGCCGCGUGGAGAAAGGUAAUCAUUUAAAAUGGUGAGGUAUUCUCUUGAUCCGGAGAACCCCACAAAAUCAUGCAAGUCAAGGGGUUCGAAUCUCCGGGUCCACUUCAAGAACACCCGUGAAACAGCCCAAGCUAUCAAGGGCAUGCAUAUCCGAAAAGCUACCAAGUAUUUGAAGGAUGUCACAUUGAAGAAACAGUGUGUUCCCUUCAGGCGAUAUAAUGGUGGAGUUGGCAGGUGUGCCCAGGCUAAGCAGUGGGGUUGGACACAGGGUCGUUGGCCCAAAAAGAGUGCUGAAUUCUUGCUGCAUAUGCUUAAAAAUGCAGAGAGUAACGCAGAACUGAAGGGUUUGGAUGUGGAUUCUCUUGUCAUUGAGCAUAUCCAGGUUAACAAGGCUCCCAAAAUGCGACGGCGUACUUACAGAGCUCACGGUCGGAUCAACCCAUACAUGAGUUCUCCUUGCCAUAUUGAGAUGAUACUUACUGAAAAGGAACAGAUUGUUCCUAAACCAGAAGAGGAGGUUGCUCAAAAGAAAAAGAUAUCCCAGAAGAAACUGAAGAAACAAAAGCUUAUGGCACGGGAGUAAAUAUGACAUUAGAAACCAAAUAAAAGUGAAAUGAAAACAUUUGUUACAGUAAA